AUGGACAUAGCCGUCCUGCCAAACAACAAUCAUCCAGAGAAAUUCCUGCAGCUGGAUGUGGGAAUGUUGCCGGCCACACAUGGAAUGUUCCAGAUUGGUGCUGCGUUGUCUGGACAAAGACAGUGGCAGAACAAGAUGUACUCGCAGGGAAGGGAGAAAGAAAUGGAAGGAAAGCUAUCAGCAGACAGUCAUGUGUUUGAAGACAGAGAGCUGGAGAAACACAUCACUCCUCAAACCCUGAAACCAAAGAUCAAGCAGAACCCUCUCUUCUCUCAUAUCAACAUCAUUGACAUAGAGGAGAACAAGUCCAAGCCAUCCUGGACCAUUCAGGACUAUGACAGACACACUGCACAUGGUCAGCUGGCUGACUACAUGAAGGAGGACCCAAAAGAGCUGAGCUUCUGGCUGGAAGAUCUCUACACCCCUGGUUAUGAUUCACUGCUCAAGAAGAAAGCAGCUGAAAUGAAGAGGAACAAAAUUUGUAAAACGCUUGCAGCCAUCAUUCUGUUAGUUUGUGUGGUUGUGAUUAUUAUUACAGUGCCAAUAGUGGUAACACGAUCAAGAGACUGAUGGAGCUAUGACAAGCACUAAAACUGCCUCUAUUCCAACAACAAUCUGACAAUUCAGGUGAACAACAGCAAGCACUUCACAUUAUGUACAUGUCCUAUAAUAUCGACGGGGGUGUCAGUAUGAUGACUGGUAUGUUGUCUGAAUUGCAUUUUGUCUGUUGUGAUUAAACUUAAUCCACCAGGCUUGUGGUUCACUAAAAACUAAGGAAUAGCCACAUUGUUCUGUUUUGUUAUUACAACCAUUAUUAAUGUUUAGGUUUUUUUUUUAACAGCCAGCUGGGAUAACAACUGGUCUUAUGAUGAUAAAUAUAUUUUAAAAUGCAAUUAUUUAAAUGGAAUUUAAUUGAAAUUGGAUUACCACUCAUCUGGAGUCUCAGCACGCUGGCCUGUGUCGAGACAAUGGACUGUUAUUAAGGGAAGUGGAGUGUUUACAUUUCAAUAUCAAUUCUACUUACCUGCUGGUUUCUUGCUCUGCUGUUUUAAAUAAACAUUGUAAAUGAGCAUACCUGCACAGUAAAUAACCCCGGUGUUAAAUCAACACCGCUUGGUGUUAAAAGUAAUUAGAGUUAAUUAGGUACUUCAAUAGUUAAUUAAGAGAUAAAUUUUCGAUCACUGAAGACACCUUAUGAUAAC